GUUAAAUGCUGCGAACUCGUUCAUAUCAUUACAAAAUUUUGGCAGAACUGGGUGUUGGAGACCCAUCAAGAAAAAUUGUGGAAAUGAUCUUUCAAAAAGCUUGGCUCAACACAUCAAAGCCACUGAAAAAGGUUAGAACAGUCCUCAGGGUGAGCUACUCAGAAGAAGUCCUUGAAAGGUUUGAAAAAUAUAGAGAAAAUGUGAAGAAGGUGGCCUCUGAGCAAUAUCCAAGGCAUCCAAGGAGCACAGUUGAUGGGAAUGAGCUGUUGCGGUUCUAUGGUACUACAGUGAGAUGUUUACAUGGGAAAUCUACGAAGAGAGUUCAUGAUCUUUGUAAAGAUCCAUCUUGUUAUCUAUGCCAAAUAAUUCAGUUUAAUUUCAAGAUACAAUACGCUCACUUGAAUGCGAGUGACAAAGAGUUAAGUAACAGAGCAACUGCCACUGCCAGGGUACAUAGCGUGAAAAAAGCUGCAAUAAUUUGCAGGAUAAUUGCUGGAAUUCCAGAAAAUGAAGUUGAUGGUGAAUAUGAAGGACCUGGCUCAACUGGGUUAGGAGAAAUGCAGUUUAGCUUAGAAAAAUUUGUAGUAAAAAAUCCCAGUUCUAUUCUUCCUUGUUUUGUAAUAAUUUUCAGCUAA